GUAGCAAAGCCUCAGAAGCUAAGUAUCAUUCUUCUCUGCUUCAGGUAACAUAACAUGAGCUCCUUUUUGUUUAUCGAAUCGUUGCCAUUCGAGUACAUUGAAAGUGAGUCGUACGCACGUUCUCUCUACGUACGAUGGUGUCCAUUCUAGACGUGAUUGCGCAAAGGGAGUUCCAUUCACUAUGUACCGCUACCUAAUGGUUCCGUUGCUCAUAUGAUGAUAGAUCCUGUGCUACGGGGUGCCUUGUUCACACAUCUGGGAGCGCCAGGCUAGCCAUAGCCUGGAAUAUGCAGACGUAGAAUGUCCAAGAGAUCGAACUUGGGAUCAACAUCGCUCGGGAACCGGUGAUCCUUCAACCUCGUACACCAAUCAAGCCUAAGCGGAAAGCAGUGGCUGACUGACGUAGUUCAGAGCCUCUGCGAGUUCAAUGCUCCGGCUGUCAACGCUGCACUAAUGCAAACGCUCACGUUCAGGGUCACUUCCCUACAUGCUUUGCUCCAGGCAAUACCAGAUGAUAUCAACGAAUAGGUCAUUUCAGGAACCAAGACUUCACGAGUGUGAACGUGAAAGUUUAUACCAUUGACCAUGUCGUAUGCACGUACAGGUGACCAUCGCCUCAGUUCGACGUGCAAUGGAAGCCGUGGUGUUCUAUCCUGAUCACACCGCAUUCGGUGAAGCAUUAUCUCCAAGUUCAAGUUAGAGCAUUUAUAUCGAUAGUGUUCGCCUUUGCGCUCCUGCAAACCCAUUUCGUUCUGUCGAAAUGUGCACAUCCUCAGCUUCAGAGUCUACGCACGAUAAAUCUAAAGACACAGUAGUGUUCUUCGAGUCAGGAGAGCAUGAAGCUAUCGGGAAUAAAGUAACGCUAUACUACGACUCCGGAAACAUACCUGGGGUAGAAUUCAACUUUGCAAUUGGAUCUCAGUCUCUUUCGUAUGGUCUCGUCGUUGCCUUAGCAGGAGACUUCUAUGCCAACUGGAAGCUCGGUACGGGGGACGUCGAGCAAAUCAGCGACUCUUGGGAUACGAAUCCGGAACACAGCAUCGAUCUCGCCAUGAAGAUCGUGAAUACUUUAUUGAAUGACGACGGAGGAUAUCUUGCUUGUAUACUGAAAGCUAUGGCGGACCAGGAGAAGGAAGUCCUCGAUGGCCUUGCAUCCGGUCAAGACCCUGCACAGGUUUAUAAAUCUGUGGCUGAUAAAUAUGACACCAAGUAUGCUAAAUGCACCAAUCUCGGAUACGUAUGGAUUGCCCUGAUGAACUGGGACCAUUUUGGGGUAGAUGCGAUCAAGGCUUAUUGCGCUGUUCAUACUGCUGCUCUUCGCCAGGCAAAGAAAGCGCACGAUGCUCAAAGUAAUGAUGCAUACGGUGAACUGAAGAAGGCGUACUUCUUGGAAGCAUUCGCUCAGCAUUUCUUGACCGAUCUCUUUUCUACGGGCCAUCUGCGAGCGCCGCGUAGGAUACUUCACUGGACAUAUUUCGGCAAUGGCCCAGCGGACCCCAAGCAACCAAAUGUCGAUGUCUAUCCAGCAGAUCGUUGCGCGCAGAAGAUGCAUGACGAAGACUGCUCAAACGGCCUUUGGGUUUCUAACCAAGAGGGCGACUCCUGGGCUGCCUAUGGGGACAAGCAGCUGUGGUCCGGAAAAUCAGCGCGGAACUUCUUACAGGCGCUGAAGGCUGCACAAUCCGGAUUAUUGGAAGUCUGGAAUACGAAGCAAACAGGGACGAUUCCCAAGGUGGCAGACUAUAAGGCGCUGAAGCUCGUCCCAAUCCUUUCUGAUCUCUUUGGCCCUUCGAACUUCGUCCCUCUGUUCCAAUGGGAUGCCUCAAAUCCCAGCAUCCUUCAGUUCCGAUCCAGCGUUGACGACCGUCAGGAUGCUGCGAAGACUAGCAGUAUCUCUUCCAAACCGUCAUUUCUCGAAUGGCAGAGGCUUUUGAACCAAAUUACGUCCUCAGUGGAAAACAACAACAUGUAUCCUUACACUAUGUCUUUCCUUUCCCACACCACCGUUUGGCAUCUUCGGGAGGCGGACGACGAGAAUAUGUAUGUCAACCGGUAUGGCGCUGUCGAUGCUAGCGACUAUGGGCUGUACUGGAACAUGGGUUCUCAGUCUCAAGUUUCUGUUCCCCAUAUUGUCGGCUCCAUGGUCUGGGUCACGGCCACCUAUGUACAAAAUGACAUCUACUCUCUCGUCGGUCGCCAUACCCCUCCGAAUUCUAGUACCAUUUCUGCUCGUCAUGUCGGGCUAAGGAUUUCGAAAGACGACCAAACGGAAACCGUCACAGUCGAGGAUGUCUGGACCUCUAUAGUUGACGACGGAAACAGUUAUUGGACCGAAGGUGACACGGUAUACGGUAAUUUCAGCAGCAACACGGCGGAUACGGGUAUGUUGAAAUAUUGGACAAAUGGUCCACGUGGGGCAUCGAAGAUAGAGCUGUGGGUUAUCAAAUCGGACAUGAAUACUCCGCCGGCCAAGAAGAAUUUGAAGUGGGAAAUAUCUCCCCUCAACUUCAUGCUUUCAUACCAGAUUGAAACUAACGACCCAUGCCUCACCUUCAUAGGCUACGGCUUUGACCAGAAGGCGAAGAAUACGAAGUGGUAUUUCUCUUCUUGGUCUCAGAAUUACGCCACCCAGAAGCAGAACAUGGUCGAGGAGAACAUCAAUUUUCCCGCUCAAGUCCUUCUCUCCGGCAAAUUUGGAACAGACGAUGGCGGUAGCCGUAUCAUCCGUGUGUUCUAUGGUUCUGAGUUUGGUUACUCCUCGCCGGAGUACAUGCGCAUUGACAUGAUCAACCCCACUCGCGAUUUUUCCACUGGGAAUAUCAACCCACAAAUCGUCCAUUCCCAAUCAUUCCUGAUCACUUGGUCGGCAUUCUUCGCGAAAGAUUACUUGACAUGGUUCCUCGCCGACGUUAACGUCAACGACUACCUCGAUCUUGUGGCGCUGGCUCGCAAACCUGACGGCACUCUCAUCGUGGUCGUCUUUCCAGGACAGAGCGAUUUUACAUUCGGCGAUCCCAUCAUUAGUCCUAUCACCCUCGAUCCGGGGCGUGGUUCCCUUUUUGAUGCACCAUUCAUGACGCAUGUAAAGGCUGGCCGUGCUCAGUCCACGUAUCCUGCGAUUAAUGGACCCGCGACGACAACAUACGCCGCCAUCCUUGCGUUCUUUGACAACGUUGGCAUCCUCGGAUCCCGGAUUAUAGCCCCUGUCAAGGUUACGGGGACGUAUUCUUACGAGCUGAAGGGACAGACUCCAGCGAUUGCGGGUCAGGUAUCGAGAGGAUUAGGUUUGCAUGAUGACAAGUGGAUGGGAAGGGGAGAGUUGCCUCAGACUGUCGGAAUUAUGUGGUAAACUGUGCACCGUGCAUUCAGGUUUGGGUCUACUGCAAUUGUUGUCAAUGGGUGUAAGAACGGAAGAUCGACGCUGCUGCCAGAAUUACUCUACGUUGAUUCAUGUCUCAUCUUGGUUAGCUUGGUAGUGCUGCUCACAUAGCGGUUCAGCUCCCCAUGUGACCACAACUUCAGUCUAUCCUCGUAUUGUAAUAGUAUACAUCAUGUCCAUGACCAAAACGCAAAAACGUAUGCAGGAGAAAGCAAAUGACAGCAAAGCGAAUAUAUACGUAAUCUAG